UAUUGGUUGUUUGCAAGUGUGGACAUGUUUUUACUUUACUAUCUACAGCUGCAUAUUUCAUGGAAAUAAGAGUGGCCCUGCUCUCAUGAGUCCCUUCUUUGUGAUGUCUCUGCUCUUUGGCCUGAUUUUCGGACAAACAGCAUCGCUCUGUGCUCCCUCUGAGUACACAAUCCAUGUGGAGAAACGGGAAUGUGCCUAUUGCCUGGCCAUCAACACCACCAUCUGCGCUGGAUUCUGCAUGACUCGGGACAGCAACGGCAAGAAGCUGCUCCUCAGGAGUGCUCUGUCCCAGAACGUGUGCACGUACAAAGAGAUGCUGUACCGGACAGCGCUGAUCCCGGGCUGCCCUCACCACACCAGCCCCUACUACUCCUACCCCGUGGCUGUGAGCUGCAAGUGUGGCAAGUGCAACACUGACUACAGUGACUGUGUCCGUGAGAGGGUCAGGACAAACUACUGCACUAAGCCACAGAAGCUCUGUAACCUGUAA